ACAGAUGCUAUUUUUUCUGCAACCAUCUCACAGUUCUGUCCUAACAGAAUAACCACUGACAAAAUAAGAAAAUUCUGCAUAACGAAUUAUGUUUCUUUUAGUUUUGUAUUGCGUUUUAAGUUUAAGUUCCGUUGUAUACAAUGUUAAUGUGGAGCGGGAUUCUUCUGAAAAUGGUUUUCUGUGGAUAAUUGCCAAACAAUUAGACCGACUAGAAAACAAAUUCCAGGAAAUUCAGAAACAAUACAACAGCAGGGGUGCGGAAAUUGAAUCAAUAAAGGAAACAUUACAGCGACAAAGUCCGUCCGUAGUGACGUUUCUAGCACGUUUGAUUUCACCAUCCUAUGGCUCUAUUGCGGCUAAAGCUACUGUCAAGUUUGAAAGAAUAACAGAAAAUAUUGGAAGUGGAUACAACAGCGGAACAGGAAUUUUUACUGCUCCAACCAAGGGUCUCUAUCAUUUCACAGCUUCAGCAAGACAAAGCCGAAGUGGAUAUUUGCACUUGGGAUUGUUUCGAAAUGAAGAAGAAAUGGCAGUUUCUGUUGGAGUUAAUUAUAAUUCUCUGACGAUUGGUGCAACAUUUACACUUCAAUCUGGCGAUCGUGUUUAUGUCAAGAACAUAUGGAGUCGAUCAUCUGGUAUUGUUGGCGCUGGACAAAGCUAUUUCUCUGGCAACCUUGUACACAAAAUGUAAAGAAUAUACUCAGUAAAUGAAAUGCCAUUUG